AUGCCGCCGCCUGCCUCCGUCCCUCCCCGGGGCCGCGUUUCCAGCCGGACCCGGCGGGACGAGGCGCAGCCCGGAAGGCUCCGCUCUCCUUUCCCGUCCCCGCCGCCGCCGCCGCCGCCGCCAUGCGGUCGAACCCCCCCCCGGUACGGGGAGAGGCGCUACUGGGACGAGCGGUACCGGGAAGGGGCCGCCGAGCCCCGGGAGUGGUUGGGGGGCUUCGGGCGUUUCAGCGAGCUGCUGGAGGCAGAGCUGAGGCACGGAGACAGCGUCCUCGUCCUCGGCUGCGGGACCAGCGCCCUGAGCUACGAGCUGCACGAGCGGGGCUACCAGGACGUCACCAGCAUCGACUUCUCGCCCGCCUGCAUCGAGGCCAUGCGCGCCCGCUACGCCCGCUGCCCCCGCCUGCGCUGGGCCGUCAUGGACAUGCGCGCCCUGGCCUUCCCCGACGCCUCCUUCGACGUGGUGCUGGAGAAGGGCACCCUGGACGUGCUGCUGGUGGACGAAAAAGACCCCUGGCGCGUCUCGCCCCGGGCCGCCGCCGCCAUGCACCGGGUGCUGGCGGAGGUACGGCGGCACGGAGCCGGGGGGUGUUUGGGGUGGUGGGGGGUGGGGGGACACACGGGGGAAAUGCCCGUCCCCUCCCCGCUGCUGGUGCUGUUUGCCUGCUGUGAUGCCCCGCACCGGGGGCAGGAUGCGUCCCCGCGUGUGGAUACGCGGGGGGGGCGCGGCGGUGACCCUGCCAGCCCCGGGGACGGUGACAUCCUAUGGCCCCCCCAUCUUCGAUCUCGUUAG